AUGGGCUGGUUCUGGGCAUCCUCGCCCUCCCCUUCUAGCACCGACGAACACAUUCCCGAGGGUGCGCUUCCGCCAUUCGGGCGCGAAAACCUGCUGCUGUCUACCUCCGGGUGCCCUGUUCCCUCUCUUCGCGCCAAAACCCAACAAGAUACGGAACACCCUCCUUCAUCCUGUCCCGUCCGCUCAAAGGACUCCCCCUUCUACGUUCUCGUUACCUCCUCUCAAGAAACCACUGCCACAACCACUGCCACAACAGCUCCACCUCCCUCAUCGAAACCCCAAUCCACUCUCUCCAAACUCAACCCCUUAAACUAUAUGUUCACCUCCCUCUCCCAAUCCCGCGCCCCAAACCAAACGGUUGACCUCCCCGUCGAGCGGGAGAUCUCUUCCAUUCCACGUGCAGAUGCCAGCAGCAACGGAAGAAGCAGUAAAUGGGAAUACCCCUCCCCCCAGCAGAUGUACAACGCGCUCCUGCGCAAGGGAUAUUCAGACACGCCCCAGGAUGCGGUAGAGGCAAUGGUGGCUGUGCACAACUUCCUCAACGAGGGCGCGUGGGAGGAGAUUGUGGGUUGGGAACGGACUUUUGCUGGUGGACUGAUGAAGGGAUGGCAGCGGUGUAAGCGGGGUGAGACGCAUUUGUGGCAUGAGAUAUAUCGGGAGGAGAUGGAGAUGGAGAGGAGGAGAGAGAGUGGUGAAGAUGGGAAUGGGAGUGGAGCAGGUGGGUUGGAGAUUCCUGAGCCGAGAUUGGUGAGGUUUAUGGGACGACCGCAGGAUAGGACGCCGAAGGCAUCCAUUUUGCAGGCGCUUGGUUGGGUCUAUCCGGCUAAGUUUGGGACGGCCCCUCCCUUCGACCGCCAUGACUGGUAUGUGCUCCGCCAGACACCAUCGGGACCCAAGGAGGUCCGCUACGUAAUCGACUAUUACUCCGGUCCACCAGGACCCGAUGGAGAGCCGGUGUUCUAUCUUGAUAUUCGUCCUGCAGUUGACACGCCUACAGCGGUUAUUGAACGCAUGAUGAGAUGGGGCGGAGACGUGUGGUGGAGAGCCAGUGGUGGAGCCUCGAGAGAGCCGAAGCAGUAG